UCAGAGGGAUUGGGAUAACAGAGAACAUUCUCAUGGGCAUUGAACAAUGAAGUCAUCUCCUCCCCUGUUUAGGCAGUACUAUGAGAUGCUGUACAACGCUGCAGAUGAGCUGCUCAACCUGGUGGUGGACCAGGGCGUUCGCUACACAGAGCUGGAGUACAUCCACGCCCUCAGCCUGCUGCAGAGGAGCCAGACGGGCGUGGGAGACCUGAGCACGCAGAACGUCCGGCUGCAGCGCCUCAAGGAGAUCAUCUGCGAGCAGGCAGCCUUCAAGCAGGCCACCAAGGACAAGAAGAUCACUACUGUUUGAGAGGGGGGACAUUGGGAGGCUGUUGUUGGCAAUGCACUACCUCCAGCUCUCCCUCGUGGGCCCGCUGACUGUCUGCAAUACCAGAUGCCAGAUUAGACUGUCUAGAUUAUCACUUCUCUCCUCCUGCUUGUGGCCAUUCUUCUUCCCCAAGGACAAAAGA